AUAAGAGGCAAGCAUUUUGUGCAGUUCAACUCGGCAGCUUCCAAAGAACGUUUCAAAUCGCAAUCAUAUUUUUAUCAGUAUCGCUAAAUAAAGUUUAUACAACAGUUUUGUGCGCGACGGUAACUGUGGGAAUGUUCUUAUUAUGAUUUUAUAAACGUGAUAAACGUUGGAUGUAAUAAACGUGUGUUUAUAUUGAUAAGUGGAAAGACUUAUAAGGAUUUGCAUGGUUAUAAGUUUUGAAUAUAUUUACUUCGUUAAUAUUUAUUUUAGUGAAUAUAGAUUUAUGACGUAUAUUUAUUGAAGAGUUGUUAAGGUAAGGUCUAAAGUUUUAUUUAACUAAAAUAUACCUAAAUGUGAUUAUUUAACAAAAUAUAAUAAAUAGAUUUUUAUUAGAAAAAGCUAUAAAAAUUACGUCAUAAUAGGUAUUUCCGUGUGUAUAAAACUCAGAAGCUAAAUUGGUAAGGUGGAUAUUUUAUUUUAACUAGACUUUAUUUUAUAUCAUAUCACAAUCUUCAAUCGGUGUUUUUCUUCAUAGAAUUAAAAUGCUUUGAGCGGGAUAUAUGUACCGCUUUAACUAGUCCUCAAAGUUUAAAUUAUUUAAGAUUUUAUUCUUAAUAAUAUAAACAACUCUAGUCAAUGCUGUUGAUAUUUGAUCGAAUCUUCAAGUUAUGUUUUAAAGUUGUGAAGUAAAAUAUCGUGAGUGAACCUCAAUUUUGGGGAAAUCAAUAAUGCUUAGAGAAUUUAAUAAGACGAACUUUAUUUAUACAUAAAGUUUUUUUUUAUUUAUACAUAAAGUUCGCCCCCUCACGAAUUAGCGCGAAAUCUUUCUCUCGUAAGCUCUCCCAGAAUUGUUAGGAGUCUGGGCCCCUAUGCAUAUUACUUCGGUAGCUAGAAUAAAAUGUUUACUCUGCCAUAAUAUAAUAACUAAAAAAAUGUGAAAAAUGUGCAAAAAUGAUCAAUACUUAGUAUAUACUUUAACAUAUACUUGCUUAACAAACUAUAUAAUUUAUAUCAGAGAUUUUUAUUUUCACGUCCCUUUUACUUUUCGAUUACAUGAUUUUGUUUUUAAAUAUCUAAUGCCAUAUUACAUUCAUAAAAAACUAAAUCAUAUUUAUGAUGUAACUUGUACGUAGGUCAAUGUUAGUUUACUCGUAUGUUUGAGAUAACAAUAGCUAGCUCAUUAAUAUAAAGACCGAAAGAUUCAAGUAAUUCAAUUUAUAUAAACUUAUAAUUAAUAAAAACAUAUUUUUCUUUUCAGUAAAGAAAGUGGAGUUUAUCACAAUGUUCCUAAUUGCGCUCGUUUUUUCGACGAUAUAUGGCAUCACUAUUGGCGUGCCAGCAAUAUUACCUGCCGAAAACGAAGUAAUGACCCAUAACUUUCCAUUCGUGACGAGGUUGGAAUGGGGAGCGAGAACACCGAUACAGAAGUCAUCGCUGCCAAUUCCUGUGCCUUAUGUCGUGAUCCAUCACUCGUACACUCCUCCCGCCUGCUAUGAAUCAGCGCAGUGCGAAAAUGCUAUGCGGUGUAUGCAAGAUUUGCAUAUGGACUGCAGAGGAUGGUGGGAUAUAGGAUACAAUUUUGCAGUGGGCAGUGAAGGCGUAGCUUACGAAGGUCGGGGCUGGGACAUACAAGGAGCACACUCAUUAUAUUUUAAUAGUAUUAGCAUCGGAAUAUGCUUAAUCGGUGACUGGACAAAUUCGUUGCCACCGACGGAGCAAAUCAAAGCAGCCAAGUCUCUUAUUGCGCAGGGCGUUGAACUCGGCUUCAUCAGACCAGACUACAAAUUAAUAGGGCACAGGCAAAUACGCAAGACGGAAUGUCCUGGAGCCACAUUAUACCAAAACUUGAAGACUUGGGAUCACUACGCAUCUUUUCCCGCUUCACCAAAAGACCUUCUUCAUGUAGAAGAACUGCCGGAAAAUGUUAAGUCAUUGUUAAGAAAAAAUACCACUUUAUUAGAAAAAUAACAAACAGAGUUUUGUAAUUAGCACUGUAAUAUGUAUUUAUUUUAGCAUAAAAUUGUAAACAUAAAUAAAGUUUACAAAUAUGUAAGACAAGGCAUUCUUAUUUCGUAUAGCUGUGCCCGCAACUUCGUUCGUCUAAAAUCUCUGUUAACAAUGUAUUUCUUUAAACUUUUGUAAUAUUUUUAAACGACACUAGGAAUUUCUUAAACACCGAGUAAAUUUU